GAACCAGCAGGGCGCCCGGCCCCUCCGGCUGCGGCCCGCGCGCGAGCAUGCCCAGUGCAAGCCGCUAGUUUGGCUCGGGUCUCGGUUUCCAGUAAGUGGCCUGCGGGACUCGGGAGAGAUCCCAGGGAGCUAGCUGAGCUGAUCGCCUUUGUGUGCAGAGGGAGGAGGAGGCGGCGGCACGACCCCACCCGGGGAGCCCCACGGCAGGAACAAUGCUAGCUUGCCUGACCCGCGGGAACUUACUGGAUGUCUUGCAGGAGGGCUUCAAUGAGCAACAGCUGCAGGCCUAUGUGGCCUGGGUGAAUGCCCAGCUGAAGAAGAGGCCAUCCGUGAAGCCUGUGCAGGACCUGCGACAGGAUCUCCGAGAUGGAGUGAUCCUGGCCUAUCUCAUCGAGAUUGUUGCAGGAGAAAAACUGAGUGGUGUACAGUUGAGUCCCAGUAACCAACAAGAGAUGAAGGAUAACGUGGAGAGAGUGCUACAGUUUGUAGCUUCCAAAAAGAUUCGCAUGCAUCAGACUUCAGCUAAAGAUAUUGUGGAAGGAAACCUGAAGUCCAUCAUGAGGCUGGUCCUUGCCUUGGCAGCUCAUUUUAAACCUGGCUCGAGCAGGACGGUGAGCCAGGGGCGCGACUCCAGAGUCCCUGCACAGAGUCAUCAACCACACUGUGCGACGGCUGUGGCCCAGGGAGCAGCUGCUGCUCUGGCUGAUGUGUGCCGUGACAUGUCUCGGUCAGGACGGGAUGUCUUCCGGUAUAGACAGAGGAACAGCAGCAUGGACGAAGAGAUUGAGAACCCGUACUGGAGCGUUCGAGCACUUGUGCAGCAGUAUGAAGGACAGCAGCGGUCCCCAUCUGAGUCUAGCUGCUCCAGUCUGACUUCACCCAGCCCAAUCCACAGUGCAAAGAGUGAAUCCAUUAUAACCCAAUCAGAGGAAAAGGCCGAUUUUGUGAUUGUUCCCUCUGAAGGAAUAGAGAACAGAACAGACGAGACAGACUCUCCAUUAUCCCGAGACUGGAGGCCUGGGAGCCCAGGAACGUACCUGGAAACCACAUGGGAAGAACAGCUAUUGGAACAACAAGAACAUUUAGAAAAAGAAAUGGAGGAAGCAAAGAAAAUGAUUUCAGGACUACAGGCCUUACUGCUCAAUGGCUCCUUACCUGAAGAUGAACAGGAGAGACCCUUGGCCCUCUGUGAACCAGGAGUCAACCCCGAGGAACAACUGAUUAUAAUCCGAAGCCGUCUGGAUCAGAGUAUGGAGGAGAAUCAAGACCUCAAGAGGGAGCUGCUGAAAUGCAAGCAAGAAGCCAGAAACCUGCAGGGGGUGAAGGAUGCCUUGCAGCAGAGGUUGACUCAGCAGGACACAUCUGUUCUUCAGCUCAAGCAAGAGCUUCUGAGGGCAAAUAUGGACAAGGAUGAGCUACACAACCAGAACGUGGAUCUUCAGAGGAAGCUAGACGAGAGGAACCGGCUCUUGGGAGAAUACAAAAAAGAGCUGGGGCAGAAGGACCGCCUCCUUCAGCAGCAGCAGGCCAAGUUGGAAGAAGCACUCCGGAAACUCUCAGAUGCCAGCUACCAGCAGGUGGAUCUAGAACGGGAGCUAGAACAUAAAGAUGUCCUUCUGGCUCACUGCAUGAAAAGAGAGGCAGACGAGGUGACAACUUACAGUCACAGCUCUCAGCGCAAUGGGUUUGUUCUUCCAGUAGCGGGGAGGGGUGCUGCUUCCGUCACCCACAGAGGGCCACAGACCAGUGACCUCCAGCUCGUCCGAGAUGCUCUCCGCAGCCUGCGCAACAGCUUCAGCGGCCAUGAUCCUCAGCAUCACACCAUUGACAGCUUGGAGCAGGGCAUCUCCAGCCUCAUGGAGCGUCUGCAUGUCAUGGAGACACAGAAGAAACAAGAGAGGAAGGUUCGGGGCAGGUCACUCAGAACUCAAGCAAGCAGUGAAUACCGGGCAUCCUGGCCCCCUAAUUCAACAUUGCCUCACUCCCAGAGUUCUCCAGCCGUCAGCAGCACCUGCACUAAAGUGCUCUAUUUCACUGACCGGUCACUCACGCCCUUCAUGGUCAAUAUACCAAAGAGGUUGGGGGAGGUGACACUGAAGGAUUUUAAAGCAGCUAUUGAUCGAGAAGGGACUCACCGGUACCACUUCAAAGCACUGGAUCCCGAGUUUGGCACCGUCAAAGAAGAGGUUUUCCAUGAUGACGAUGCCAUCCCUGGAUGGGAAGGGAAAAUUGUGGCCUGGGUGGAAGAAGAUCAUAGAGAGAAUUAACUGGACCUUGGGUCCUCCCUGGCUGCUUCUCUCAGGAAAGAGGGCUAACACCAGAGUACGCCGAGAAGUUUCUAAUUCAUGCUGCCAAACAGAAGCUUCUUCCAGUAUGAUGGUCAUGGGCCAGUCCUGUUUGUGUGCCUGGCAUAUCUAGUACUUAAAAUCUCUGUCCAAACACAGACCAUGGGUUCAUCUGGAGCUCCUUGUCCGUGGAAACAGUGUUUUAUUCUACUCUGAGGACACCAAACCGAAGGCCUUAACCACCAGGGAUGGAUGA